AUGGGUUUUGAGGUAAAGUUAUCAAAGAUGUCACGUGUCUAUGUUGGUAAUCUGGACCCAAGGGUUAAUGAAAGAGAAAUCGAGGAUGAAUUCCGCACUUUUGGUGUCAUUCGUAGCGUAUGGGUUGCAAGAAGGCCUCCAGGCUAUGCUUUUGUUGAUUUUGAUGACAAAAGAGAUGCUCAGGAUGCCAUCCGUGAACUUGAUGGUAAGAACGGUUGGAGAGUAGAGAUGUCACAUAACUCUAGAGGAGGAGGUGGUGGCGGCGGCGGCGGCGGUCGGGGAGGAGGUCGUGGUCGCUCCGGUGGUUCUGAUCUGAAAUGCUAUGAAUGUGGUGAGCCUGGUCAUUUUGCUCGUGAGUGCCGUGGUGGCGGCGGCGGUGGUGGUGGUGGAGGUAGACGUCGCAGCCGGAGCCGCAGCCGCAGCCCCGCUAGAUACCGCCGGAGCCCUAGCUAUGGUCGCAGGAGUUACAGUCCGCGUGGGCGGUCACCGCCACGCCGGAGUUUGUCACCACCUCGUAAGGCAAACUACAGCAGGUCACCACCAUAUCGCGGACGUGAUGAAGUGCCAUACACAAACGGAAAUGGGCUUAAGGAUAGGCGUCGUAGCAGGAGCUGAUUGUUAUGUUAAGGAGGACUGAGGAGAUGAAAGGACAAGUUGUUUGAACUCAAAUAGUGUGGAAGUGGAUGAAUUUGUUAUCUGUGACUGUGACUGUGACUGUGUUUUCAUCUUUCUAAAUUCUAAGGUGUUUAUGCUUCUACUACUACUACUUCUACACUCUCCGCUUCUCUGCUCUGGGAUCAUCAUUUGUGGGUCCCAGCUCACCAAAUUAGUCCUGUUUUUGUUAACGGCAUCAUAGAAAGUCUCUUGCCUUUAUAAUCUUUUUUCCUGCAACUGCUAUAUAGUUGUUGACAAUGAAAUAGUUCUUCAGCAAGGAGACUUCUCCUUGCAUCCUUGGCAGAUGAGACAGUUGUCAACCACUGAUUAGUUUUGCCACGACAACUCUUUAUUACAAAUACAUAAAUUAGGUGUUAACAUGGCAAAAUAAGGCACAAUAUUGUGCUGAUAUGCAUUGUGCUUUGAAGCUGACAUGCAUGGUUCUUCAUGAUAUAAGGGGGCUGUUUGAUAGUUGCUGGUUAACUUAAAUUUGAUAGUUCUACAUGUGAUAUCAAACAGAUUCAACUUAUUACCAAACUUAGUAAGAGGAAUAUCAAAUAGCCUCUAAUUUAUCUUACCCCAAAUCUAUAAUAUUGUGGAACUGGGUAUUGUUGUACAGUUUAUUAAAAUAAAUUAUUUUGAUAUAAAUAUUACAAAA